CUUUCUUCUGCUUCCAAGCCCUGUCGCAUGUCACAAUCAGAACCACUAUUGCCAAGGCGCAAUAUGAGAACUUUUCCUGGUCCCGGACUGUUGUGGAGGACUGGUGCUAUCUUCGUUACGGCGGGCGUCAUUGCUGGCGCUUUCGGGGCGCAUAGCUUGCGGGGUAGACCCGGUAUGACUCCCGACAAGAUUGCUGCUUUCAAGACUGCGUCCGAAUAUGCUGUUUUCAACGGCCUCGCAUUGCUACUGGUGUCUAUGCAUCCUCGAUUUGCAUUCCAUCCCUUUGCUGGACCUGCAAUCGCUGCAGGAGGGCUUUUGUUUUCAGGAUCAAUAUUCGCACUGACCCUGAACAGCAAAUUGAAGCCUUUGGGUCCCGUAACGCCACUAGGCGGAGUUUGCCUCAUUGCAGGAUAUCUCUCUCUUGCCAUUUGAUAAAUCUCAUAAACUGGUCCGUGUUGACUGCGUAGCAUAUUCAUACAGCUUUAUUUUUUGGUUGGCUCGACAGUCCGUGUAAGUCAAGCAUCGUGCAAAGAUCACGGGAAUGCACCUGGAGAAAUUGCGUGUGUUGACCUCUACUUAGUGACUCAGACUUGUGCAUUUUCAUUGAUCAUGACACAAUACUUUUAUGAAAGCCAAAGAAAGCAAAGUAGGCACAGCAAAUCAAGACAAAGUAUUAAAGUGUACUACCCAGACUUUCAGAAAGUCGUUUCGUCAUACUUAU